UGCAGUUCAUCACUGGUACCCCUCACUGCAAGACUGAGUCCUCCCUCUUUGCACCAGGAUUGAUGCCUCUGGUGGCUUUUUGGUGAGCGAGACACGACGGGGCAGCAGGACACCAGCUUUGGCCUAUGGGAAUCCUCAACUUCUCACCAUAGGAGAGAAAUUCGGCAAUAAUCAGAAUUUAAAUAAAGGGAUUUACUAUACUAACACCAUCAGCGCCUCCAAAGACACCGAAUUUUUCUAUUCUUCUCCACGGCCGUAGCCUUUACCCCAGAUUUUUUAGGCAACAAUGUCCAGGAGAAAGGUGAGAGGCCUGACCCGUACGGGCCGUCAGGUCAGCGAGGACCCAGACCUGGACAACCUGCUUUCCACCCUCUCCCCUGAAGAGAUGGAGGAGCUGGAGAAGGACAUGAUGAAAGUGCCAGAUCUCAACCCAGAUGAUGGGAAGAUCAUCAUGCAAGGGGAGAGCCAACCAGCGCAGCCACCUACGAGCAACAAUGUCCGGGAUACUAAACUGGACAGCAGAGGGGAGAGUGGCCCUAAACGGAGGCUCAGUCAGAGGGACCAGUCAUUUGAGGGUGAGCUGAAAAAGGAGAGCCGGAAGCAGGAAUAUCUGAGGAAGAUGGGCCUGAGCCAGGAGGGGAAUGACGACAUGAAAGUAGGGUUACGAAGACAAGCCAGUAUGUCAGCUGAAAGAGAUAUUAAGGUGGACGACAGAAACAGCAAAGACCCUGAAAGUUCCAAAGAGGCACAAAGUCGGCUUUCGAGUAGAUACAGGAAGCAGGAAAGCAGAGAGAGUGGUGUGAAAGAGGAGGUGAAAGAGAAACAUGAGGACCAUAACGUAAGAGACAGAAGAGAAAACAGAGAGAGCACAGGUAGCAAAACGAAGGAUAUGAUCUCUAAGCUACAGGACAAAAAAGAUGACAGAGAGAAGGAGAGAAGAGAAGACAGCAGGAGAAAAGAUGACAGCAAAACCAAAGACAUUAUCUCAAAACUACGAGGAAAACAAGAAAAGGAUGUGGGCAAGGAAAAGGAGAGAAAGUCGGAGAGUUUCAGGACACAAGGACUUGUCUCUAAAAUGUUGGAGAAGCAGAGCAAGGUAAAAGAAAGUCAGACUCCAGAGAGUCGAUCAGAAGAGAAGAAGCCUAAAGCAGAGGAGAAAAAAGCUGAAGAUAAAAACAAACCUGACGUCAAACUUGAACGACAGCCAUCUGAGAGGGGUGAGGUGCAGGUGAAACAUGACAAGGAAGAAAAAAGAACUGACAGAGAAGAGCUGGUGAACCAUAGCGACCACGUGAAAGAGAAGGAGAAGAAGAUUAGCACAGAGAGGAAAGCAGAGGAGAAAAAGGACCAGGAGGAGAGCAAAGGAAAAGUUAAAAAAGCUGAGGAAAGUGAGAAACUUGGCAACUGUGUGGACAAAAACACACCAAACAGCAAGGCGAAAGAGGAAGAGGAGGAGGAGGAAGACUCGAGCAUGUUUGAUGAGCUGAUGGAGCAGGUUCGAAGCAAUGACCCUUCCCUCACUGAGCUCAAUGUCAACAACUCAGAGGUCAUCAAGACAAAAACACUCAUCGAGUUUGCAGAGGCUUUGCACAACAACACCCAUGUGAAGAAGUUUGCUUUGGCUAACUGCCGAGCGGACGACCAUGUGGCUUAUGCCAUCGCAGGCACACUACGCACCAACAAGACUCUCACCAGUAUCAAUGUUGACUCCAACCACCUGACGGGCAAGGGCAUCCUGUCUCUUAUCCAGGCGCUGCAACACAACUCCACGCUGACAGAGCUGCGCUUUCAAAACCAGCGUCACAUCUGUGGUGGGAAGACCGAGAUGGAGAUGACCAAGAUCCUGAAAGAAAACACCACCCUGCUUAAACUGGGCUACCACUUUGAGUUAGCUGGACCCAGGAUGACCACAACGAACAUACUGAGUCGCAACAUGGACCGACAGAGGCAGAAGCGCCUGCAGGAGCAGAAGCAGGCCCAGGCCAACGGGGAGAAGAAGGGUACACUGGAGGUACCCAAGACGGGUGGCGGAGGAUCUCUGAGAAGCUCACCCAGAGCUUCACCCAAACCUUCUCCCAUACCUUCACCUAUGCCAUCGCCAAAGCUGACACCUAAAAGAGGCGGUCCACCCCCACCUCCACCGCCUCCUGGGGGGGGACCUCCACCUCCACCGCCUCCUAUGCUGGACGUAGACUCCCUAAGGAACUCUCUGACUCCGGUGUCACAGAGGAAGCUGGAUGGAAAAAGCCCAGGUGGUAGUAAGAACUCAAGGGACCAACUGCUUGCCUCGAUCAGAGAUAGCAAUGUGAAACAACUCAAGAAGGUGCCGGUACCAAAGUGGUUGCAGUAAUAUUUCCUGUUGGAAUAUAAAGUGAAGAAGAAGAGAGAGGGAGAACUGACAUCUCACCACAGGUUUUCAAGGCGAUAAACUCUACAUUCCCCCAGGAUGCUGUCGAAGAACUGUGCUGUGGGAUGGAUGGAGGAAGUGCACCAUGAGAUGCCCAUCGGUUGGAUGACUAGCCCUCACUAUGAGUUCUCCCCUCAAACACUGGACCAAAAGGACUCUCCCGAGAAUGAGUGAUGCAGGGCUCUCUAUUAGCCGACUGCAGACAGUGCCAUGAGUCGCCAUGUGGUUGUUUGUCUUCAGUUCAUAUUGACGCUUUGCUGGUUAUUUGCACUAGAUAAUAUGAAGCCGAUCAUAUAACGUGAAGGCUCGUGUAUGCAUCUGAAUGUGAGCGUGGUAGGAGUGUGCGAUGAGCUUAAUAAGAUAUUCAAAUAACUCUUUAUAAAAUUCUAAUAUACUAAAGUUUCUCAGUGAUAUAGUGGACAUUAAUUUGACCAUUUAUUUAUUUGUGGAGAGGGAAUCCACCUUAUACUUGUAAGUUGUAAAUCUGUUCAAACUAGGAAUUCCGAAAUGGUGGAAAUAUCAGGGAAUUAACAAACAUGGCGGCCUGACUUAAGAAAAUCUGGGUAAGAAAAAUAAAAAGGUCAAGGUGGUUUUUGAUUGCUUUGAUUGUGUGUCUCAUUGCCAAAUCUCAAGACAUCUCAGGCAGGGUUUAAUGGAUUGGAAAGCAGCCCAGUGGAAUCCUGCGGCAUGACGAACGAGUUUUAGCAUGGAAAUAAUUACAUAAUGCAUUUUUACCAGGAAGUGCAAAUAGCUGCCUUUCACUAUCUGAUGUUAUAUUUUGUACAGAAUCAUUCUAGCCUGAGUGUUUGAAUACCUUACAUAACUAGAAAUGUAAUACAUCGGCAUGUCAUAACCUUAGGGGGAUUUGGAAAACCAUUACUGGCUUAUAUCAACCCUCCUGUUGAUUUUAUGCCAUACUUUUAAGUGAAUGUCAUUUCUAAACGAAUUGAAUGUGAUAAACAAAAAUCAGAGUGGCACUCAGACUGUAUGUGUACUGUGUAAUGAAGGACUCUCUGUCAUAUCUGAUUACACAUGCCUUUCUUUCAGAGCCUGUAUGUCUUCAAUAAAAGAUUCUGCUAUGUUUGCAAAGUCA